AUGGCCUUCAGUAUCGCGGAGGCCUCGCGCCUCCAGCUGGAGGCGCGAGGACUCCGCGAGAUUGUGGGCCAUACACAGCCUGGAUCACUUUCAACGCGGCCUGGUGCUCCACUGUCUUGGGGCUACGCCAACGGCGAGGAGAAGCCAGAGACGGAGCCCUACAUCGCGGCACACCACAUCAUCCGGAGCCACGCGCGGGCGGUGACGAGAUACCGCGGCGAGUUGAAGGCGAAGCAGGGCGAAGAGGUCGGCGUCACACUCGACAUGGACUGGAGGAAUCCGACUUCGUGA